CCCUCGCGGGCGAGGCGGCCAAUCAGAGCUCCGAGGGGCGUGGCUUGUGUCCAUGGGGACCGGGGCUGGGCUGGGCUCAGUCAGGGAAGGUCUCUGCUCGCCCCCAUUGUUCGAGCGGAGCGAGAGGCGAGCAGGGCGGUGGCGACGGAGCCGGCAGAGCAGCCAUGGAGGUGGUGAACAUGAUGGAACAACCCAUCAAGGUGACAGAAUGGCAACAAACCUACACUUAUGAUUCGGGCAUCCAUUCUGGGAUGAACACCCAGGUGCCAUCAGUCAGCAGCAAGUGCUUGAUGGAUGAUGAUGACCUAUACGGCAAGCAGUACACCAUUAAGAAGACCACUACUUACAGUCAGGCUGGAGCGGGGCAGGCCCAGGCUCAAGCUCAGGCUCAAGCAGAGUUGGAAUCCCAGCUUGCCAUGACCCGUGCUCAGCGCAUCCGUGCUGCCAUGUACCCAGAGACUGUGGAGGACCGCUCCCUCCUCAUCACCACCCAAGUCGAGGGACAGCAGACGAAUGUACAACGGUUGGCUGAACCCUCUCAAAUGCUCAAGUCUGCCAUUGUGCACCUCAUCAACUAUCAAGAUGAUGCCGAAUUGGCCACCCGUGCCAUCCCUGAACUCACCAAACUCCUCAAUGACGAGGAUCCGGUGGUGGUCAGCAAAGCUGCUAUGAUUGUAAACCAGCUGUCCAAGAAGGAGGCAUCACGCCGUGCUCUGAUGCAGUCGCCUCAGAUAGUUGCUGCUGUGGUCCGCACAAUGCAAAAUACCAGUGACUUAGAUACAGCCCGCUGCACUACCAGCAUCCUCCACAACUUGUCUCACCAUCGUGAGGGACUGCUUUCCAUCUUUAAGUCUGGGGGUAUCCCAGCACUUGUGCGUAUGCUCAGUUCCCCUGUGGAGUCAGUCUUGUUUUAUGCCAUUACCACCCUUCACAACCUGUUGCUGUACCAGGAAGGAGCUAAGAUGGCUGUACGUCUGGCUGAUGGGCUGCAGAAGAUGGUACCCCUGCUGACCAAGAAUAACCCAAAGUUCCUUGCCAUCACUACUGACUGCUUGCAGCUUCUUGCCUAUGGGAACCAGGAAAGCAAACUCAUUAUCUUGGCCAAUGGGGGUCCCCAAGCUCUUGUUCAGAUCAUGCGGAGUUACACAUAUGAGAAGCUGCUGUGGACAACCAGCCGUGUCCUCAAAGUCCUGUCUGUCUGUCCCAGCAAUAAACCAGCGAUUGUAGAAGCCGGUGGUAUGCAAGCCUUGGGGAAACACCUGACCAGUGCCAGUCCUAGGCUUGUACAGAACUGCCUUUGGACUCUGAGGAACCUCUCAGAUGUAGCUACAAAGCAGGAGGGUCUUGAUGGUGUCUUGAAGAUUCUGGUCAACCAGCUAAGCUCUGAUGAUAUCAAUGUGCUGACAUGUGCCACUGGCACCCUUUCCAACCUGACCUGCAACAACAGCAAGAACAAAACUCUAGUGACCCAGUCAAAUGGGGUGGAGGCCCUGAUACACACCAUACUCCGGGCAGGAGACAAAGAAGACAUCACUGAGCCAGCAGUAUGCGCUCUAAGGCACCUCACCAGCCGGCACCCUGAGGCUGAGAUGGCCCAAAACUCUGUGCGGAUCAAUUAUGGCAUCCCUGCAAUUGUUAAGCUUCUCAAUCAGCCCAAUCAGUGGCCGUUGAUCAAGGCUACCAUUGGCCUUAUUCGUAACCUGGCCCUGUGUCCUGCCAACCACGCCCCCUUGCAGGAAGCCGCUGUCAUCCCACGCUUGGUCCAACUGUUGGUGAAAGCUCACCAAGACGCCCAGCGCCACGCAGCAGCUGGCACACAGCAACCAUACACGGAUGGCGUAAAGAUGGAAGAGAUUGUGGAAGGCUGUACGGGUGCACUGCACAUUUUGGCUCGUGACCCCAUGAACCGAAUGGAAAUCUUCCGCCUAAACACCAUUCCACUCUUCGUGCAGCUUCUGUAUUCACCAGUGGAAAAUAUCCAGCGUGUGGCUGCCGGUGUGCUGUGUGAACUGGCCCAGGAUAAAGAGGCUGCUGAUGCCAUUGACGCAGAAGGUGCAUCAGCCCCACUGAUGGAACUUCUACACUCCAGAAAUGAAGGCACAGCUACAUAUGCAGCAGCUGUUCUAUUCCGCAUUUCUGAAGACAAGAACCCUGACUAUCGGAAACGCGUCUCUGUGGAACUUACCAACUCGCUCUUCAAACAUGACCCUGCUGCUUGGGAAGCUGCCCAAAGCAUGAUACCAAUUCAUGAGCCAUAUGGGGAUGUAGAACUGGAUCCAGGGUACCGGGGCAUGUACUCUGCCGAAAUGCCCAUGGACGCAAUGGAUAUGCAUGUGGACCUGGAUGGUGACUAUCCCAUUGAUGGGUACAGUGAUGGUAUCCGGGCACCAUACACAGACCAUAUGCUUGCCUAAGUUGCCCCUUGGGCAGGGCUUGAGACAUUUUCUUAACGCAGAAGAGGGCAGCCCAGUGCUUAAAUCCGGGACACUAUAGAGACAGAAGUGCCUGAGAAAGAUGAUGACAAGCUCUUCUUUUCCCUGCGAGGAGGUUUUAUUUUCUAAAACGAAACCAAUUUUCCCUUCUAUGGGACUACAGGAAAGACCCCAUCCCACUCUUUAUUCCAGGCUUCUGACACCCUUGUAAUAAUUUUCUAACAGCAGUCCACUCUUUUCUGUCCCAAGCGCACUGUGUCUCAACUUCAACUAACUUCUCCCUCUUCUGUCUCUCUCCCUGACAACUUCUUUGUAGCUUUGAACAACAUUGUCAAACUGCCAUUGGGUCCUCAUAAGAGAAUUUUUUAAAAAAUCAACACACACAUACACAUUUUCUGUGCAUGGUGUAAAACCACUUCCCCGUUCCUCAUUUUACCAAUCCUUACUGCCUUGCUUCUAAUGCUUGUCAGUCGGGAAGUGAAAAAAUACAACAACAUUGAGGGGGUUGGAUUUUUUUUAAGAGCAACCAAAGGGUGUGAAUUUACCAAGAAAUGAGCAGCUUUGCAUUUUUCUGCUUUUAAUUAACUUUUUUUAUAGCCUUCAAGAGAUGUGUCUGUGGAUUUUAGUGGCCCUGUCAAGGAAUCUCAUAAAUCCUCCAAAGAAGAGGAAUGACUAACCAUUGAAGCAAAACUCUCCUUCUACUGACCACCUCUUGCACAUUUUUUUAAUCCAAGCCCUCUUUUCUCUUCCCUCCCCGAAACCUUUCCUGGUGAUUGGCGUGUUCUCUCCUUCCUUCCUACUCUUGCUCCUCCUAAUGCAUUUUUUAAAACGGCUCUCUCAAUGUGAUGGCUUGAGGCUUCCACUGGAAAAGGGAUCAAUGUAGCUGCAGAUGUACUUCAGAAGAUUUUAUUAUUAUUUCUCUAAGGGAUUUUUUUUUGUAUAGACCAAAGCUAAAAAACAAAUAAAAAUUUAAACCCAAA